UAUUUGCAAUGUUUUGCUUCCGGAAACUUUAGCGCUGAAUGCGAUUAUUGCUAUGGAAGCUACUUUGCGAAGAACCGUCAAUUCUGUGACUGAUGUUUUAUUUCCUCCAUCAAAGUCUUCUCAAGAUCCACAGGAGCACCAGAUAUUAAAAGCUGGAAAUGAAUAUGUCUCAAAUCUGCCUCUGCAGAUGGCAUUAUAUUUUAAUGCCUUCUUCUCUCCCUUCUGGCUGGUGGCUACCCUUGUGGUGUUUGAAGUCAAGUAUUCCACCCUAUCCACCCUCUAUGCCAUCAUUUUAAUUGCCAUCUAUAUUGUGUUUACUAUCAUCGAAAUUGUCAGACUGUAUUUAGGGUUUCUUGGAAAUCUAACAGAAAGAGUUCCAGAGUUGGCUGGCUCAUGGCUGCUAACAAUACUGAUACAGUUCCCCCUGAUUAUACUACUACUUUUCAAUGAGGAUGCCAUUUUGCUUCCACUGGAGAGAGCAGUUCACAUUGUGAUGGCAGUGUUUGUGUUCUUUGAGGUGAUAUGUGGAUAUUUUGCCAUCAGAUUUAUGGUGAAUUAUCAAGUGACAAAGUUUCAUUUGAAACAGUUCUCAGACUUAGAACAUUUGCCAGAUGAUGAAUAUUGGCAUGACAAGUAUGAAUCUUACACAUGAUUAAAUUUUUUUUCUGUUAUUCUGUGUAAAUAAGCAAGUGACUUUUUCAUACUUUAGCAAAAGUAAUUGUUUAUCAAUAUUGUAUUAGACAUUUUGUAAAAUAGCAGCAUGUUGAUGUUUUAUUAAAUUAUUGAACUAUU